AUGGCUAUCCUCUCCCGUUUGCUACUGUGGAGGCGAGUCAUUAUACUAAUUGCCACACCCAUUGCUCUACUGCCCCUGAUUACAGUUUUCGACAGCAGCGAAACCAAAUGCUCCUACCUGCUGAUCCUGAUGGCCGUCUACUGGGUGACCGAGACACUACCCGUGGGGGUCACAUCCCUCCUGCCCGUCGUCUUCUUCCCAUUCUUUGAGAUCGUAUCGUCUGCCGAGAUUUCUGCUCAGUAUGUCAACGACGCCAACAUGUUGUUUCUGGGCGGGCUCUUGAUGUCUGCUGCCAUCGAGUACUGGCAGCUCCACAAGAGGACGGCUCUCAGUAUUCUGAGAUAUGUGGGACCCGAGCCCCGAUGGUUACUGCUGGGCAUCAUGCUGACCACGUGGUUCACGUCCAUGUGGAUCUCCAACACCGCGGCCACGGCCAUGAUGGUGCCCAUCGUGGAGGCCAUACUCAUCCAGUUCAAGGACUCGGACAUCGAGAGGUCAUUGUUCUCGCCCACUCGAGAUGUUCUAAAGACUCUAAAGGGCGCGUUAUCGGGUGACGUCAUAACGGUUGGUGACGUGACCGCGUCGACGUCAUUCACCACAGCGACACAGACGACAUCUACAGGGCAGUCCAGCGGGGAGAGCGAGGACAUUCAAGAAGGGAAUGUCCAACAGCUUAGGAAUGUCCUACAGGACGUCAUACAGAAAGACACACUGUCGGAACCGCCGGAGGAGGACGAAAAUUUUGUCCGCUUCGGGAAGGCGUUGUCGCUGUGUGUCUGCUACUCGGCCACGUGCGGUGGUAUCGCCUGCAUCACGGGGACUGGCACCAACCUGGCACUGAAGGCCUACACAGAUGUACUCUACGCAGCCCACGACCUUGAAAACCCCCUGACCUUCAACACCUGGCUGUGGUUUGGCGUACCCCUGUCGCUGAUGGUGCUGUUGAUCUGCUGGGCGUGGCUUCAGAUGUACUACAUCAGCGAUAGGGAGAACACGAGUGACCUGUCACACGAGCAGUACUACACCAAUAAGCUGAAGACGAUCAAAGACAUCAUAGAGAGCGAAUACCAAAAGCUGGGCUCUCUCUUAUUUGGCCAAGUCAUGGUGAUUGGUCUGUUUCUGAUGCUGGUGCUCUUAUGGGUGACACGUGAUCUAGGAGGCGUGGUCGGUUGGGGAGAUUACUUCGAUCCACCUGUGAAGGACAGCGCCCCAGCUAUUUUUAUAGCCGUGUUGUUGUUUUGCCUGCCGUGUACGGCUCCGUGGCUCAAGGCUUACAACGACCCCAACCACCCGGGCAGGUGGAACCGCAGCAAGGGACAUUCUAGACACAGGAAGGCGACCAAAAUUGGUACGUGGGUGAUUCGCCCUUUGUUAACAUGGGAUGUGGCACAACAAAAAGUGCCCUGGCAUAUAUUCUUGUUGCUGGGUGGAGGAUAUGCCCUGUCAAAGGGCAGUGAGAAGUCUGGCCUGUCUACCUGGAUCGGCCUUCACCUUGAGAGCCUCAAGGGCUGGAAUGAGUGGGGGAUGCUCAUCCUCAUCUGCUACGUCACAGCGGCGUCGACGGAGUUCACGUCCAACGCUGCGGUGGCCACACUUCUGCUGCCCAUCAUGGCCCAGCUGGCCCUGAACACUGGGGUCCACCCCCUCUACUACAUGCUGCCCUGUACUCACGCCUGCUCGUUUGCUUUCAUGUUACCUGUGGCCACGCCCCCUAACGCCAUUGUCUUCUCGUACGGGAGAGUCAAAAUAUCGGACAUGGUGAGAACAGGCCUGGUGCUAAACAUCGUGGCGGUGCCAAUCCUGAUAGCUGUGACAGGGACCAUCGGGAACGCUAUCUUCGACUUUGACGAGAUCCCGCUCGCAUUUUACAACGAGAGUUUACUGAGACAAGAGAUUCUCAAUGACGACACCGCCUGAAUGGCUCCUUAGGGCACUCACAUACAACAGACGUGUAACAGGGAUGGUGUAUGGUUUU